AUGUAUUUGGUCCCAUUUAUAUUCUUACUAGCAUUGACUGCUUCUAAGAAAGUGUUUAUUGAUAAUGAUGGUCUCUCUGCGCUCCAAGUUUUAUUUCCACUUAAAGCAGGAUGGGAAAUUGUUGGGAUUUCAGGAAGUUUUGGAUCGUCGUCUGCAGUCGAUGCAGUUGGUAUUGGCAGUGAUAUUUUGGAAACGUACAACUUGACAGCUUGUAUUCCACAUUAUUUGGGAGCUCAACAACCUUUAUUACGAACUCAAGAAACAUUUGAUACUUGGCAAGACUUGUUUGGAUCAUUAGUUUGGCAAGGGGCUUUUACCCAUGGAUAUGAAGAUUCUUACACUUGGGAUAAUAUCACCUAUGAUGACAGUAAAGCCGGAGCAGUUGCUAUGAUUGAGGCUGUGAGAGCACACAAGGAUACUGAUCCAGUCUACAUCUGGGCUGCAGGUAUGAUGACGACUGUUGCACAAGCCAUUUCAUUAUACCCCAAUUUGGUUAAUGAGUCGGCUGGGAUUUAUAUUAUGGGAGGUUAUUUUGAUACACAAUACGCAGCUGCUCUGGGACCUCCAAUAGUUAAUGAUAUUAAUACAGAUAUAAAUUUGAUUCAAGAUCCCGAGGCUGCACAGAUUGUGCUUACUGCCGCAUGGAAGCACCUAGUGAUUGGAGCAAACGUAACAAACUAUUUGGUUCCUUCCCAAGAAUUAUACAAUAGGAUCAUUGAUAAGGCUGGAGGAUUGGACGUUAUACAAGAUAAUCCUUAUUUUGCUCAAGUUCUGACAAUGUUGGCCACGGGUAAUUACACAGAGAAUACGUCGGAAGAAACAUUACCGUUCUGGGACGAAGUUGUGACUGCAUUCAUGGUAUGGCCGGACUUGAUUGAAAGCACCUCGAGCUUCUCUGUUGCUGUCGAUACGCUGUUCUAUUCUCCGUUCUAUGGAAAUUUAAGGAUUUGGGGUCACGAGUAUGCACCACACGGAAUGAGAACAGGAAAUGCAACUAUUGUGAAUAAAAUUGACAACGAUAGAUUCUACGAUUUGUUAGUAGAUACCUAUUUUGAAGACUGGAGACAGUACUGUAUAACUGGCAAAUCCGAAGCUUUGCAAUAUUAA